UCACAUUUGUCAGUUAUCUUUAGAGCUAGGAAUUUCGCAAAACACUUUCUGUUUACUCGUCGACAGCGUACACACAACGUACUUGGGCUAUAUAAACUGUAUACAUUUUAAAAGCAUAUCCCACUUUAACCAAGUUGUGGACUGGAGAUAUAGAUACAAAAUGGCUUCAGGUGUAGCUGCGGACCGUGUACAGAGACCCGAUCUGGCCAAGCAUGAUUCCUCCGUCCUGGACUUGGCCUUUGUUAUGGACUGCACGAGUAGUAUGGGCUCCUAUAUUAAUCAAGCCAGGGAUAACAUUCGCACAAUCGUGGAACAGAUCGUAGCGAAGGAAACCAGCGACGUCCGACUGGCUUUAGUGGAAUACCGUGACCACCCGCCCCAGGACCAGACCUUCGUGACGCGACCCCAUGACUUUACAGGGUCCGUGAGCACUAUGAAGGGCUGGCUGGAGAACUGUAGUGCCAAAGGUGGAGGGGAUAGGCCAGAAGCUGUUGCCGAUGGCCUUCACGAUCUUCUCAAGUUGUCCUGGAGGGAUAAAUCAACUAAAAUAUGUGUGUUCAUAGCUGAUGCUCCACCUCACGGGCUGUCACGCAGUGGCGACAGUUUUCCGAACGGCUGCCCAGCUAGCAUUGACCCAAUGGUUGUCACUCGUCAGCUGGCCGAGAAAGGGGUGACGAUCUACAUGGUGGGGUGCGAGCCGUCCAUCUCCCCGUAUAAGGACUUCUUCACGGCGGUGGCAUACCUGACUGGCGGUCAAUACGUGCCACUAAGAGGUGCGCACCUGCUUACCCAGGUGAUAAUCGGAGGUGCUCAGGAGGAGCUGUCCCUGGACCAGUGGAUAGCUGAUGUGGAGGCGGAGGUGGUCCAAGAGCUUCGGGAGCACGGUGGAGAUUUGGACGACGACGCCGAGGAAAGGGUUUCCAGAAGUGUGCACGCAAAACUGAAAAGCAAAGGGGCUAAUGUUCGACAACUUCACUUGAACAAAGCGGCUCUGAAAGAGGCACCAUUGUCAGCCCAGCAUCUGUCUAAAUGCGAGGAUAUGUCGGCUGUCCAAAGUCUGUUCAAACCGGCUGCGGCAGCUCCUGCGCUAUCCCUUGGAAGAGGUUCAACUCCCGACGUGUACUCAACUGAAGAAAGGGAAAUUGAACUGGAACAAGCAAAGCGAAUGGUCAAGAAAUCUGUAUGGAGAAACAAAGCUAAGUAGGUACAGCUAUUCUCGAAGAGACAGGACAUUAUUAUGUAAAUUUCAUUUUUGGAAGUAGAUCUGUGUUUUUAAUAUUAAUUGCCAGAUCUAUCUGAUAUAAGUUAACGAAGUAGGUGAAACGAAAUUGAAACUUAUGGCUCUCAAAGGAUUGUUCCAAGGUCAUUUCGACACUGAACAGUAUAUACGCGCACAUGGACUGUGGAAGGUACAUAGUGACCUGCUUAGUUUUUUUUUUUU